UUGAAAUAACCUUCAAUACAGCAAUUAUCUUUACAAAAUAAAUUUAUUGUAAUGAAGGAGCAAUAUAGAGUCCAAUAUGAGAAGAUUGGCAAGAUGGAAGCUUCUCGCGAUGAGAGUGAAAACAAUCGAAUCAUUGAAAAAAUAGCUGUGUGCGUGUCCUGGUUUUUGGUGGUGAUAUUCUUACCCUUCUCGCUGUGCUUUUGUUUGAUCGUGGCCGCAGAGUACCAGCGAAUUGUGAUGUUCCGAUUGGGUCGUAUCAGGAACUGCUUUGGUCCAGGUCUCGUGUUCCAGCUGCCCUGCGUCGAUUCCUAUGAUACGGUGGAUAUUCGCACAGAUGUGGUGGAUGUGGAUCCCCAGGAGAUGCUAACGAAGGAUUCGGUUACGAUCACAGUGAAUGCGGCUGUUUUCUAUUGCAUCUACCAUCCCAUCGACUCGAUCAUCAAGGUGGACGAUGCGAAGGAUGCCACCGAACGGAUUUCCCAGGUCACCCUGCGCAACAUCGUCGGCUCGAAGCCACUCCACGAACUAUUGACCUCCAGGCAGCAGUUGUCCCGGGAAAUCCAGCAGGUGGUGGCCGAGAUCACAGCUCGUUGGGGCGUGCGGGUGGAGCGAGUGGACGUAAUGGAGAUUUCCUUGCCCAGCAGCUUGGAGCGAUCCUUGGCCAGCGAAGCGGAGGCGGUGAGGGAAGCGCGGGCGAAGAUAAUUUUGGCCGAAGGAGAGGCCAAGGCCUCAAUGGCUUUAAAGGAAGCCUCCGAUGUGAUGUCCGGCAACCAAAUUACCCUACAACUAAGGCAUCUGCAAGUGCUGUCUUCUAUGGCCUCGGAACGUCGAGUCAAUAUUAUUUUCCCCAUUCCCUUGGAAAUUAUGGAACCAUUCAAGGAUGGAAAUGAGUCGCCUGCAUCAGAACAAGAUGACGACGAUCAAAGGGACGCUAAGAAAGAUCAAUCUGAUUACUCAAAUAUGUUCUCACCAAAAGUUUACAUUAUGGGACCUCCACCCGAAACUGAAGGUGCAGAAUUCAGUGAUCCCAAAACGGGCCGAUCGUGGAGGUGGCCACCAUUCUUUGGGGCAUCGCGAAGUGCUUCCAGUAGUAGAAGAGAUGGCCAGCCAUCGACCAGCAGAGGCCCCAACCGAACAGAUGAGGUCGAACCCUACCCACUUCUAUCCAAGCCCUCACCUCGUUCUAGUUCCGCUCCCUCUAAGCCUUCUCCUACGCAUAUUCCACCACGUCCUGAUCCGCCGGUUCUUCCUCCGCUCCCUUCUCAUCCGACGCUUCCUCCCAUUCCUCAUCCCACUUUACCGCCACUUCCAGAGCGUCCCACACCUCCUCCCACAUCUUCUUCUCCUCCACAAGAAGAGACCCCAAAAGUACCAAAGUCCGACAAAAAUUACUAUUUUUAGACCCUUUAUAAAUUAAAAAUUAUUACUUUUGAUCAUGUUUCUUAAGCUAGAGCAAAAUGUACUAUUUUGUGAUAAAAUAAAUAUUAUAAAGAAAACUUUA